AUGGAGGCUCUCAAGCCCCAAGAUGCUCUAUUAGAUUGGCUCCUUAUAUCCAAUGGGUAUAAGGCUGGGUCUAGGGGUUACACUGAAGCUUCUCUUACUCCUGAGCAGGACCUUUCUCUUGCUCUAGAGAAUCACAUUGAGCAAUCCACUGCAUUGCCAGAAGAAGGUAAUGGACCAGAAACAUGCAAUCCUUCUGAGAAUGAAGAUGGUUUUAUUGAAGAGGAAGCGCCAGUGGCAGAGGUUGUUGAUGAGUUUCCUGGUGAUUCGCAGAUGCUUUCUGAUUCUAAGCCCAAAACUGAGGAACUGCCAAAGAAAUCAUAUGCAUCUAUUGAAAGGGUUUUGAAAGAGAAUGCAGUUCCUUCAUCAGUUCCUACACGUUCCCUCGUGAUGUAUGCAGUUAAGAGCCAUGGGCGUCUUGGAAUUGGUGCGUCACCUACUGCUCCAGCCUCUGCAUCUGAUGAACAAAUUUCUAGCAACAAUGUUACAGAGAAUGGCCAAGGGUCCCUCUAUCUAUGUCAAAGGUCUGCCCUUGAAUGCUACACCUAGCAUGCUGGAGAAUGAGUUUAAGAAGUUUGGACCUAUCAAGAGCGAUGGUAUUCAAGUUCGAAAUCAAAAGGGAUUCUGUUUUGGUUUUGUGGAAUUUGAAAUGGCAAGUUCUGUGCAAAGUGCUAUAGAGAAAUGAGGGAGCCAGGUGGUGUGGAAACUAUGGUGGUGGUGGAAGGGGCUAUAGCCGACGUGAGUUUGGUAACAGGAGCAUCAGUAGAGGAUAUUCAAAUCGUGGAGAUGGGUAUCAGAGGGGUGAGCACAUGGGGCGUAAUGGAGUCCGUGUGAACCGCUCUGGUGAACCACCGUUCAAUGCAGCAGCCAAGAAUGUGGCACCAAGGGUAUCAGCUCCUGCUUGAAGAAUGUAAUCCAAAUAUCGGUUAACAAGCAGUUUUUCGUGUAUUGAUUGAUCAAAUUGUUACGUAGAGUUCAGAGGAAAGCACCGGGAGAUCUUCCGAGGUUU